AUCUAUUUAUACACUUGCGUCUAGCUGCAGUAAUUUCUUGAACUAUAUUAAAUCGUGGUUAUCAUCAAUAAACAUUAUCGUUAAUAUUUAUUAGAUAUUUGUAUUAAGUCAUUUUCUUUAUUGCUUGUAAUCUUGUCGUUUCGUUUAGCCUUCUAGAAAAAAUUUCCUCGGACGUGAAAAUAGCCACUGCGUAAACUAUAAUUUAAGAUAAUUUCAUUAGAAAAUGUUUCUUUGGGAUUGGGUUACCGGCGUCCUGGGAUAUUUAGGGUUGUGGAAAAAAUCAGGAAAGUUACUAUUCCUUGGUUUAGAUAAUGCUGGAAAAACUACUCUAUUACAUAUGUUGAAAGAUGAUCGUUUGGCACAGCACACUCCAACAUUGCAUCCAACAUCUGAAGAAUUAUCUAUUGGAAACAUAAAAUUCACAACAUUUGAUUUGGGUGGCCAUUCUCAAGCAAGAAAAGUAUGGAAAGAUUAUUUCCCUGCCGUAGAUGCAAUUGUAUUUUUGGUAGAUGCUUGUGACAAAUCUAGAAUUAUGGAAAGUAAAAAUGAAUUAGAUUCAUUAUUGCUUGAUGAGUCUUUAUCUAACUGCCCCGUACUCGUCCUUGGUAACAAAAUUGAUAGACAAGGUGCAUUGAAUGAAACAGAAUUAAGAACUUAUUUUGCAUUGAACCAAACAACUGGAAAAGCGAGAGUACCCAGAACAGAUCUUCCAGGUCGUCCUUUAGAAGUAUUCAUGUGUUCUGUAUUGAAACGUCAAGGUUAUGGAGAAGGGUUCAGAUGGCUGGCGCAAUAUAUUGAUUAAUGUUUAUAAUAUAUAUACAUAUAUAUAUUUUUAUAUAUUAAAAAAAUAUAUAUUUUAAUUUUAAAUUCAUUAUUUUUUUACUGUUCUCUCUACCAGAGUAAUGUAUACAAUUUAAUGUAAUAUGGCUAAACUUCCAAUCGAAUAAUUUUGUAUAAAUACAAUUUCAGUUAUUAUGUUGAUGAUUUUACUGAAGUAACACUUUUUGUCUUGUACCACAUA